AUGCGACGGACAAAUGAUUCGUUUACGGAUAGGGCAGAGAAUCCUCUCAUGUCUCCUUGUCUCCACUCUUGUAUAUCCGAAGCCCAGAAAUACCAGGGUGCUCUCUACAAGGAGAAGCCCGGCAAAUUCAAGAAGGCCAAGUCCGUGACCAUUGUUGAAACCCCGACCUCCAAACCCGUUGGCCCCCGUGACCCCUGGGUAGAAGAUGUUACAGAUGUUGACGAUAUCAGACCUAAGAAUAAUAAAUCUGUUCCUCCGCAUGCCCCCAGUCCUCCGCCGGCUGUCCCCCGCCCGGAAUCCGGAAAGUAUACUUCUGCUACAACCAAGUCCAGUGCCCACGUGAACGUCUUUGACUUCCUCGAUCCGUCUGACACCCCAAAUGCAUCGACAGUUUCGCUUGGAGGAUCGAAGGAGCCCAUGGUUAUGCUGAAGCACGCACCCCCGCUUUUCAACACACCCAAGGAGCUUGCAAAGCUUGCUAAGGGAAAGGACGACGAAGUGAUUUACGACUUGGCCUAUGAAGAAAACGGUUUCUCCUAUGGCGCGGAUACCCUCGAGUCUCCAAUAUACCAAAACGGCGCCGCAAUGGAUUCCACAUCAUCUAUUUAUAACAACUUCAUGACCCCUGCACCCAAGCGUAGAAGAGACCCACCCCGCCAAGAACGUGCUUCGUCCCCAGAUCAAGCCACCACAAAUGGUGUAGCAGGCACGGGAGAUAAGAAGCGCAAACGUGGCCAUAUUGAAGAUAUCAACCCCGAAAUCGCCAACUCGGCGACAUACGCUGAUGAUACUCCAAUGCUUGACUCCCCACCAUCAACAGCAAAUGCUGCUUCUAACCCGCUAACACCGUCCCUGAACCACUCAGGACUGACUGGCGGCCUAAACCGCAUGAUGAGAAAUUACUCACGGACCCCAGACGCAGAUAACAAAACCGAUGAUGACGAUAGCGACAAGGGACAUCGACGCUACCCCCAAGAUCCCGCAUCGCCUCUCAAACGCACGCGCAGGGUUGACAAGGAAACUAGCAACAAUGGUAGUACUAGCAGUCACACCGGUAAUGCCGGUGGUGGGAGUCACAGUGACGGCGCCGGGAUCGCCAUCAAGGGCCGCGCGGGUCGCAUCAUGUCCUUCCUUGGCGGCGCGGGGAUCAACGGCGUCACCGUCAAUGGUUCCAGCAAUGGCUCGGUUAGCCGUGCGUUGGUGCGCACCCGACGACGCUUACCGUCAGAUGGCGCUACUCCUGCUGCUGCUGCUGCUGCUAGACGGCAAAAGCGACUCCAUCACGUCGAGCAGCCGGAUCGCUUGGCGAGGCGGCGCAAUCUUACUAGCAAUAGAAACGGAGAUGGAUAUGAUGAGAAUUUCCCGCGUCGUCUAAAGGCUAUUGAGUAUCGGAUUGAUAGCGGGUCGGAGAACCGGUCGCGGUCACCGAAUGGGUUGCAGGAGGUUGGUAGGGAGGGUAAUAUUCUUCGGCUUGCCGGGGGGGAGAAUCGGCUUGUUGUGUUUCAGGGGGAUGAGGAGGGUGAAGAUAUCAAUAGUCAUAAUAAUAAUAAUAAUAAUAAUAGUAAUAAUAGUAAUAUCAACGGCAUUAAUAUUAGCGAUGGGGAUGGGGAGAUGGAGAGGAGGGAGAAGGCUGGGGCGUUUUUGGCGCUUGUCAAUAAGGGGCCGGAGUCGGAGAGGGGGUGGUCAAUUCACAAGGCACUCAAGAGGUUCCAUCGGGAGCUUGGAGGGGGGGAGGUUGAGGGCGGUGAUAGGGAACGGGAUGCGGGGAAGGAUAGGGGGAGGGGGAGGGGAAGGGAUAGCAGGGAUCGAGAGAGGGAGAGGGAGAGGGAGAGAGAGAGAGAGAGAGAGAAGAGGAUUGAGGAGGAGAGGGAGUUGUGGAGGACUUUAAGGCUGAAGAGGAAUGAUAGGGGGGAGGUGGUUGUUUUCAUUUAG